AUGCCUUCUCUUUUCCACUUUCUCCUCUCCCUCUCGUUGGCCACUUUCGUCGCCGCGGGCAACCUACAACUCAACAAACCAGACCCCAGGAAAAUGCUGGAUGUUACCGAACCCAUCACGAUAGAAUGGCGCAUCGACGCCGGCAGCCCCGAGACGAAAUAUACCCAACUUGAUAUUUCGUUCCUGGCCGCGACUGACACUGACGUUGGGUACUCUUCCUACGUGGUGGCCGCCAACCUAUCAGUCAACGUCGGUAUCAGCAUCUACGCCUGGGAUCCUUCCGAACUGGCCAGAGACCUGCUCAAGCCCGACCUUGUGCUCUCGAAGGAGGAAAAGUUUGUCAUCGAGGGCUAUGGAUCUCAGCUUGGUCUGGGCGACAUGGUCCGACCUACCCUGGGCCUCUCAGUCUUGUUAGCCGCGGCAGUCCUUCUUCUUGUUGGGUAA